AUGGCUGUCUAUCCUGGGGGGGACACCAAUGACAGGUUUUACCGGGCUCUGGGAACCCAGAUGCCGACACUGAAUGGCGAGAGCGCUCUCAGGGAACCAGGGCACCCCUCGCCAGCGCCCCGCCAACAGUGGCGCGCGCGCCCUAGCCGGCUCCGGGCGCACGGUCCCGGCAUUGUCCUCCCCGCCCCCUCCGGGCCGAGUUGGAAAAGCCCCGCCCGCCCCGAGGCCCGAGCGAGGCUCCGCGGGAGGAAUUCCGGCCAUUUCCUCCGCGCCGCGAGGUAUGUGGCCUGUCACUGCCCGGCCGCCGCGCUGCUCGGAGGUGGGGGCCGGGCGCCGUGGGACAGUCACCAGCCGCGUCCGGCAGCUGCCCGCGCCUCGGGGUCCUUCUGGAGGUUCCCGGCCGGCCUCCCCCCUCGUCCCGGGCGACCCCGCCGCCUUUCCAGCAGCCCCGGGCCUGGGCGGCCCCUCCAGGCUCCGGCCUCGCCCCGCCGCGCCCCCUCCCCGGCGGCCGCGGACGAGCCGAGGGGUGAGAGGGCCCCUGGGAGUCCCCAGCGUCUGACUCUGAGUGUGAAACUGAAGUUGACGCUUGCUGCGGAACUUGGGGCCUCACUUUCUCCAUCUGUGAAAUGGGGACCCUAUCAACUGUGUCUACCUCAUUCGUGCUCCCCUGAGUUAAAGGGCAUCAGGCUCUCGCCUGAGAGCCAGCCUUCUCAAGCAAUGGCUGUUUGUUCUCUCUCAGUCAUCCCCAGGCCUAGAGAACUCGUGACUACUGGCUCAUAACCAAGUCCUGUACUUUGUUCCUGGUCUUCAGGAUCUAUGAAAAGCUUCCAAUGGCCUGACAAACAAACUAUCAAGCAUGUACGCUUUAAGAAUAAUAUAUCCCUCUCAGAGCCACACCACUGAAAGAUGUUCCUUCAGCAACAGAAAGAUUUAUUACUUUCUUCCCCCACAGAAAAACCACAAAAACAUUUCCUUCUUCACUGCAGCAGUAAGUUCCAAGGUUCAUUAAAGAACCAGCCAAAUGCUUCCUCCUAGCUUGUAGGAGAAGAAGUUAAAGAUGAAGAGCAUUUAAAACUCUACCUCUGGACACCUGCCACAUACCUGAUUCCUUUCUGACAUCUUCUUCCGGUUCCUCCAGGGUAAGGGAUGCAGAGCUGCCACAGUUGGGGCCGUGGAAUCUCUCUGGCUCUUCUCCUCUGGUAUUAAUAAUAGAUGGCUCUCAUUGAAUUGCACACCUGCCAUAAACCAGCCUCUGCAUUUUACAAAUUGUCUUGAACUUUAACCCCAAAACUGGAAACAAAUGUAACUUGAGUGUUGGCUGCCUGGGCAGGCUCUAGAUUCAUAAUUGCAGAAUGCAUCUUUCUGUCCCUGUCACCAAGGAUCGCCUUCCUUUGGUACAUUUGCAGAAGGCAUGUCGGUUUCCUAAACUCUCUGCUUAGCAGGGGCCUCUGCUCACUGUGCUGUGGGUUCUGGCUGGUGACUCUAGGGUCACCGUCUUUCCUCAACAUGCCACAGAUGGUGGCCUCAGGGGUGUAGAUGACAGAAUAAUGACUCCCUGAAGAUGUCCACAUCUGGGAACCUGUGAAUAUGUUACCUUUCAUGGCAAAACAGACUGCAGAUGUCACCAAGUUAAGGACCUUUGGAAAGGGAGAUUAUUCUGGAUUGUUGGGUGGACCCAAUGUAAUUGCAAGAUUCUUAGAAGGGGAAAAGGGAAGCAGGAGAGUCAGAGUCAGAGAAGGUGAUGUGAUGAUGGAAGCAGAAAGUGAAAGGAUGUGAAGAAGGGACCACUGAGUCAAGGAAUGCAGGAGAUGACUUGAGUUUGUAAAAGGCAAGGAAACAGACUUGCCCUUAGAGCCUCCAGAAGAAAUGCAGGACUGCCAACACCUUGAUUUUAGGGCUUCUGACCUCCAGAUCUGUAAGAUAAUAAAUUUGUAUUGUUUUAAGCCACUGAGUUUGUGAUAAUUUGUUACAGCAACAACAGGAAACGAGCAUAAGGGCUGAUGCAGGGAAGGCCACAUUUCCCUUUGUAGCCUUGUCC